CAUCACGUGACAACCCGAUUUUUAACAAUUUCUCGAGUCUUGAGGCCUGACUCCUGAGAAGCCUUUCAGUCAUGCUUCCCCGCCAUCUCCGUAGCGUUGCAGACCAGCGUGUGCGCUCGUUGCUUGCGCACAGACAAGUAGUAGCGUUAUCCUCACUGCCUUGUUAUCCUUCUAUCAGCCAUCCUCUGUCACGACGCGCAAACACUUCCGCAUUUCGUUCCUUCCAUUCCUCAUCACAAAGGCACAACGAACUUCCGAAAUCACCCUUCCAAACAUUUGUCGACGUUCUCCGCGAUGAACUACGAAAAAACCGGGACCUUCAAGAGAAUGUCAGACAACUUCAGGGUGAUGUCGACAAGCUUCAGGAUUCGGAGGCCAUGAAACGGGCGAGGGAAGUGUAUGAGCGUGCAAGACUGACGUCCAGCAUCAAAGAGAACCCUCGGCUUAGGGCGGCGGCGGAGGAGCUCAAGAAGACGGGUAUCAAGGUGGGAGACGCAGUAUCAGAAGCUUUGAAAACGAUGGAAGAGAGCGAGAUCAUGCGCACGAUUUCGCGGGCAACGUCGUCCCUCUCAACCACCAUUGCAACCACAACCGAGCCGAUCCGUCGGACGGCUGCCUACCAAACCCUUGCAGAGACUGUCGUUGACGCUCUGGAUGAUUCUGGGUCUGCGAAGCAUGCUGGAUUCGAGGACAAGGAAGCCCGGAGACGACGUAGGCGAAAACGUCUCGAGAAGGCAGGCCUAAGCGGACGUCGACUGAUGGAGGAAAACUUAGAAGCAGGCCAAGCACUGGUCUCCGUCAAAACCUCACCCCGCACUGAGGCCUGGGAGAACUUCAAAUCCACGAACCCUGUUAUGCAACGCUUAGCCUCGCUACACGCCGCGUACGAAGAGUCGGAGUCUCCCCUCAUCACACCGGUUCGUGCUGUGACCAGUACGAUUGGCUCGUGGUUCGAGGAGAACGAAACAGCACAGGUGACACGGAUGAUCCGCGCUUUGGAUCCAAACUUUUCGAGGGAGGCGUUCGAGAGGGAGCUGAGAGAAUAUAUCAUUCCUGAAGUCGUAGAUGCGUACUUGAGCGCAGAUAGGGAGUCGCUUGUUAGGUGGUGCAGUGAAGCGACGUACAAUGUUCUUUGGGCAACUAUGGAACAAUAUCUCCGCCAGGGCCUCGUGAGUGAUAGCAAAGUGCUUGAUAUUCGGUCGGUAGAUGUCUCUGAUGGAAAGAUUCUCGACUCUUCUAUCCCUGUCUUCGUUGUGACGUUUUCGACACAAGAGGUUCUUCUCUUCCGCAACGCAGCCUCGCGUGAGAUCGUCGUGGGUGCUGAAAACCGAGUGGAACAGUGCUCAUACGCCGCAGUGAUAACGCGCGUUCGCGAGGAGUUGGCAGACGAAGUCACCGGAGGGUGGAAGGUCGUCGAGAUGGCACGCAGGUCCGCCAGGGCGUAUCUAUAGUCGUGUUAAUUGGAUACCGGACACUAACACACCACGCAUUGAUCACUGCCUUGCAUAAUUAACCACCACUCAUCUCGUCAUAUCAGUAUCUUAUUACAUCGACUAUAUAGAUUGUUUCUUCUAAACGUUGGAAUGAGUGUGAUUCACGUGACGUGGUGUUAUAUUG